AUGCGUAUAGCAAUAGUCGCACCUCUUUUCGAACUUGUUCCACCACGCCAGUAUGGAGGAACUGAACGAGUGGUCUAUUUCAUGGUCGAAGAACUGGUUCGCCUUGGCCAUACUGUCACACUGUAUGCCGCACGUGGAAGUCAAACUUCUGGCCAAUUGAUAGAAUGUUGGGACGGAACAUUUAGGGAGCAAGGAAUCGGCUGCUCUGUAGAAGAGACCCGAGAGCCGUACACGGCUCAGAUCAAACUGGCCAUGUCUGGUAUUGUCAGCCACGAUGUCGUACAUAUCCAUCACGCCGUCGCUGAUUAUCAUCCUCUGGUUCUGGAGUCACUUCGCGACAUCCCAGUGGUAUGGACUGAUCACAACUCUGUGCACGAUCAAGACAAGCCCAGAAUCUUCGAUUCACUUGCGAAGCUCGAUAUUGGCCUGACUGCUUUGUCAGCCUCGCAUAGAGGCACAGUUCCUGAUGCAAACUGGCUGGCAACAAUUCACCAUGGCCUUCCAAAAAGUUUGUUGACGCCCAAAGAGACGGCUCCCUCCUAUCUCGCCUUCCUUGGCCGUAUAUCUCCCGAGAAGGGGAUCACAGCCGCGGUUAGAAUAGCGAAAGCAGCGGCCCUCGAACUCAAGGUUGCAGCCAAGCUUGACAAAGUCGAUCAGUCAUUCUACGACGAGGAGGUCCAGCCGCUCUUUGCUGCGUCUCGGGUAGACUGGAUCGGCGAGAUCUGCGACGGGGCGAAAGCUGAUUUCCUCAGUGCUGCCAUCGCUCUCAUCUUUCCUAUCCAGUGGUUGGAACCAUUCGGCCUGGUCAUGAUUGAAGCCAUGGCUUGUGGCUGUCCGGUCGUAGCUUUUGGGGUCGGAUCUGUUCCAGAAGUUCUUGAAAAUGGCGUGACAGGCUUUGUUGUGGACACGGAGGAAGAGGCAGUCCAAGCUCUGCGACGUAUCAGGAGCCUCGACCGACAACGUAUAAGGCAGAGCUUCGAGCAAAGGUUCACCUCCACCACGAUGGCGAAGAAGUACGUGAAAGUCUAUGAGCGUAUCAUCCAGGAAGCGAAUACUCGUCGAAUUGCACAGGAGACGACAACAUCCAGCCAUGCUCAAGCGGCCAUGCUUCGCAAGCACUCUGAAUAUGCUGUCAUGGACAGUCUGUACUCCGAGUUGCUGGACUCAUUCCCUCUCCCACCAGUUCAACAAGCUCCAGCACCUCUGAAGGCUGCGUCAGUUUGGCCGCAUAUCUCAGCGAUGCCAGUCAGUGCAUGA